UUCUCGCACAUUGAAAUGCUAAUUGAGAGUUAUUGACAUUUUUUCACGACAGAAUCCAUACAAUUUCGACUGAUGAAGAUAUCCAAUUUGAAUUCAAUCAAAUAAGAUUUCAUGAUUUAUACUUCUUAUAACUGUUUCCAUAUCACCGUUUGUGAGAAAGAAGACAAAUUCCAUGUGUCAUUCGUUUCACAUCUUAUAAACCAGAUUUGGCAACACUUUCUCCGUAAAUUGCAGUCAAUUGAGACAAAAUAUUCUUUGUAAAUCGGAGCUUGUUUACAGUCAGUCAGUGAAAAAUUUCAAUUAAUCAUAGACCAUCGCAGCAAGCCAUGUAAAUUGGUGACGUUCGUUUUCUUCAAUAAAAGUGCAUCGAAACAGCAGUGAAAGACCUCGGGACUUCUCGGAUGGACUCAUCGAACCAGGUUAAAAUGCUGCUUUCGAGUGAUCAAGCGUCUUCAUCCUACUCGAGCGACUGUUCCAACAGCCGGGAUGGUCUCAAGUAUGACAUCCCAUUCAUGAAGCGCCAGGAAAGCCUCAUCAACAACAAGUUUCAAUCGGACGUGACGUUCUUGGUGGGCGAGAAGCGCCAGCCGAUCUACGCCCACAAGCUGCUGUUAAUCAUCGCGUCCGAGUACUUCAACGCCAUGUUCAAUGGAAACUUCAAGGAGUCCACAUCGGGGGAGAUCGAAGUCAGCGAUGUGGAACCGGACAUCUUCCUGGAGAUCUUGAGGUUCAUCUACUGCGGGAAGGUCCGCUUGACGAUCGAGAACGUGCUGGAGAUCUACGUGCACGCUCAGAAGUACAUGCUGAACGAACUCCGACGCCGUACCAUCCGUGUCCUCGAGAAGCAUAUCGAUUCGGACAACGUUCUGAAGAUCUUUGCCCAGAACCGGCUGUACGAGUUCUCGUUCAUCAACGAGAAAUGUUUGACGCUGAUUCGCAAGAAUCCCCUGACCUAUUUCCACCACGAGGACUUUUCCGCACUGGAUCGCAAGUCGCUGGAGAUCAUCUUUUCGAGCAAGAAGAUCAACUGUUCGGACGCGCAGUUGUUUCAGGCUUUGCGCGAUUGGAAAAAGGCUAACGAGAGUGAGUACGUAAACGAUCUGCAGACGGUCAUCAGCACGAAACGCUCGUACAACUGCUCGAAGUUGCGCUUCUUCGGCAAUCUGUCGAUGGCGCUGCACACGGAUUUGACAUUUUCGAUCGAUUACUCGCACAGUUUGGCAUUCUUCGGGAUCGGAGUGUUUGUCAAAUCGCCGGACAGCGUGGUCACCAUUGAGGUGGAGAUUUCGGAGAAUCUGGAGAUUUUGGGACGGCAUCGGUUCGAGUACGAGAACAAAGACUGCGCCUCGGUGAACGUGGCGAAUCUGUUCUUCGAAGAGUUGACGCUGCGGCCAGACGAAUGGUACACGAUCGCGAUCACUUUUAUCCCGAGUGGCGAGUGUUUCACGAUCACCAAUCCGCAGAUAUGCCAUGACAAGUUCAAGUUGUACUUCGAUAACAAAUGCAGCAUCAUGCGAAGUGUCAUUUCACAUUUUUACUACGAUGAGAUUAGGAAAUAAAGUGUUCGCGAAUGGGGUUGUUUAAUUUCCAUUCGAUAUUCGGAUCAGAGUAA